CACAGUCCACCGCCAGACACCAGACACAUCAGUCAAUAUGAAGCUGUUCAUAGUCGCUGCCAUCAUUGGAGUCUGCUCCGCAGCUCGUCUGGACAACGCCUACCUGCCUCCCAGAGGAGGACAGGGUGCAGGUUAUGGAGCUACUGGUUCAGGUGGUUCCGGUGGUUUCGGCCGCGGCUCCGGCGGUUUCGGCCAAGGCAGUGGCGGCUUCGGCCAGGGCAGCGGCGGCUUCGGCCAGGGAGGCAGCGGGGGCUUCGGCCAGGGAGGCAGUGGUGGCUUCGGCGGCCAGGGAGGAUAUAGCCAGGGAGGUGGCCAGGGAGGCAGCUUCGGUGGCUCUGGACGUUCGAAUUCUGCUGAUGCCAACGCCCAAAUCCUGAAGUUAAACAGCGAAGUCACCGCCGAAGGUUUCCAAUACGAGUACGAGACGUCCAACGGUAUCAAGGCUGAUGCUGCUGGUGUUGCCACCAACGGCGUCCAAUCUCAAGGCUCCUUCUCCUACAAGGGUGAUGACGGCCAGGACUACUCCAUCACGUACACCGCUGAUGAGAACGGCUUCCAGCCCCGUGGUGCCCACCUCCCCACCCCACCACCGAUCCCCGAAGCCAUCCUGAAGUCGCUGGAACAGAAUGCCCGCGAUGAAGCCGCUGGUAUCGUUGAUGAUGGCACAUACCGCGGUGAGGGUGCUGGCGCUGGCGCCGGCUCUGGUGCUGGCUACGGAUCCGGAAACGGCGGUCGUGGUGGAUACUCCGCACCUUCCAACCAGUACGGCGCUCCCGGCUUCGGAGGCCAGGGAUCAGGCUUCGGCGGCCAGGGAUCAGGCUUCGGCGGCCAGGGAUCGGGCUUCGGUGGCCAAGGAUCAGGCUUCGGAGCUAAAACUUCGAGCUUCGGAGGCCAGGGUAAUGGCGCCGCUUCUCGCCAAUACUUGGCGCCCAACGCGGGGCCAAGGGGCUCCGGAAACGGUAACUUCAACUCCCAAACUGGCUACCGUUACUAAGUGCAUCUCGUUUUAAUUAUGAAUGUGCGACGAGGAUGUAAAAUAUCUUUGAAUUAGCGCCUGUUGUUCCAACAAAUGCUGUUUUGUGAUGUAAAAUAUUGUAUAAUCUUGCUGUUAGCGCAGAAUAUUAGAAUUUUCUUUGGCGCACAAGGUUUGUUAGUAUCUAAGAAAUCUUUUGCGCACAGUCUCAAAAAAUCUUAGAUUGAAUCUAAUAUUUUGCGUGAGCUUCUUUAUUAUUUAAUACUCAUCUUUGAAUAUUUCUUCUUGCCUUUUCUAUAAUAAUGAUCUCAGUAACAUUUUACUGCUCUAUAAUAUUUCAUGUUUCUUAGUUGUAAGUAGAUCAGCUAUGUAAAUGGACAGUACUAGUUGUAAGAAGUUUUUAAUAAAAAGCAAAAAUAAUAGUUUAUAACGAUUGUAAAUAUGAAAUAUAACGAAUAAACUAUUUAAAGCAA